AUGUCAAGGAGACAGUCACUAGGGCCCACAUCGGGCACGGCCACGCCAACAAGUACCGAAGCCAACGGCUUCUUGCUGCUCACGAUCCAGCACGCGGUGGUCAAGCAGGUAUGGGAGGACGACACUAUGGUGCUUGCCCAGGGCGAGAUGAGGCUGGAGUGCAUCUCACUCCCGAUCCCUGGCGAUAUCGGAAAACAGACCGCCAAUCCCUUUGCUCCCUCCCCCUCUGACCCUGCUGUACCAACGCACGACUUCUGGCUCGUCCUCAACGUAUCGACAUUCGAGUCUCCUCUCAUCCCUACCCAAUUUUGGACACCCCUCCCCAAGUCCCUAGAGGGAAUCAGCUACUCGUUCCCCUCGCAAACCGUCCCUACCGCUCGCAUCGUCGUCACCCUCCCUCUACCCGGCAGUACCGCCGAGCUGGAAGAUCUCGACUCCCUCGAGGUACUCUUGAGGCAGUAUGGAUGUCUCGGCGCGGAAAUCACCGCAUUGACAGAUAUCGAGGCGCCGCAUAUGGGCAUGAAUGCCGGUCCGGCGUCGCAGGAUAUGCGGGGUCGGUUGGUGCUCAUCAAUGAGGACAGCGGGGAGGUGGUCGGCGAGCUGGAUCAGAAGCUGGAUAUACAGGAGGAUAAGCGGAUCGCGCAGGGUGAUAAGGACAAGCCGGUGAUGCUGGACUUUGGCGGAGAGGUGGAUGGGUACGCGCCGCAGGUCAUUGUCAAGACGGUACCUCAAGAGGAGAUGGACGAUUGGAUCUUGAAGGGUGCGCACUACAUGAGCAAGGGCAUUCUCGGCUUUGGAGCGUGGUCGUCCAAGAACAUGCAGACCGGCGCGGACCGCUUCAUCCGCAACACCAAAGCUGCGGAGAAGCCGGUGCACUUCUCACCGACAACAAAGGCGGGUAUCCGGAUGACGCACAACGCGUCCGUCAAGACGGUCAAGGUGGCCAAGACGACUCUGGGCAAGAUCAACGACGCCCUGUCCGUGGUCGCUGAAAAAGCCUAUACUACCACCGUCGAGCCGGCUGUGGAUUAUUACCAGACCAACAGCAAGAUCCGGAAAUCCUUCAGCUCUGAUCGCAAGCCGUCACCUCCACCAGUCCCCCCUCGGUUGCCCGCCAACUCUUCCUCGCCUAUGUCGGAGAAGCAGGCGUAUGGGUCAGCCGCUGCGCCGCCGCCCUACCGCCAGCCUAGUCCGCUCAGUAGCGGAACGUCCACACCGAACAAGCCACCUGUCCCGCCCAAGCCAGCGGGACUUGCGCUUGAUACACGGCUAUCGCAGUUGGUCUCGGAAACCAAGCCGGCAGCAAACAUGUCGCUCACGCCCGAGAGCGCGCAGGCCAGUCCGGACACACACACACCCUCAUCCGCGUCGAGCGCAAAGAAGCGGCCGUUCCUGAACCGGCUCUUGCUCGCUGGCGAGGUCGUCCUUACCUCCCUCGAGGCCACGGCGCAGGACCUCAUCACCAACGGAACCACCGCCGCAUCCACUGCUGCCGGCCACAAAUUUGGUCCGGAAGCUGGACACGCUACAGCCCUCCUCGGCGGAUCAGUUCGGAACGUCGCGGUCGUCUAUAUCGACGUGAGGGGUAUUGGGCGGAAAGCGCUCUUGACGGGAACAGCCAAAGGGUUCGUCAAGGCACGGCUGAAGAAUGGGGAGACUGUCCAGAUCCAGGCUGGCGGAGUACAGGGUCCGGAUGGCGUGGCGGUGGAUGCGGGCGAGGCGGAGAUUGCGCCUGGAGGGCAGGGGACGGUAGUGGUUGGGAUGCCGCAGGUGGGGACUGGAUCGGGCGUGGCGGCUGUACAGGGCGCCCACGGUGGGGGAGGGCGGCAGGGGAUGACUUCGGUGGAUAGGGAGACGCUGGAGAUCACCAGCUGCACAGCACUGGCGUAG